CCGCCCAGCCCGGCGCACACGCGCCUUCGCCCCGCUCCAGCCCCUCCGCGGGAGGGGAGGCGGACCCCACCGCCCUGUGGGCGCUCGCGAUGUUCCUGGGGGUUCGCUCCGCUGCCGGAAAAGAAUGGUAACAUGAAGAGCGGCGCGUGAGAGCGUCACGGCGAAGGCGAAGAGAUUGAUGGCACAGCGCUGACUGCGCGGAGCAGCACGUUCCGAGGGCGCCUCCAGUUCCUGGCUGGGCUCCGCUGACAUCUGUAGCCUCCCUUCCAGCAGGUUCCGCGCUCGGGAGCCGCUGCCCGCCGAGCGGAGUGAGGACCGCGCGCGGGCACCCAGGAGUUUGCCAACCUCCAUCCGCACAGGACUUGCGCCCCGGGGCCGGCGACCCGCAUCCGUGCGGAGCCCGCCGGCACGCUGGCUUCCCGGGGAGUUGGCCCCGAGUUCAGAUGCCCAUCUCCCUCUGAAUCGUGCAGAUUGGUGCUGAGCACGCAACAAAAGUUUUUAGCUUCUCCUCAGUUUCUGGUGCUUCGCAGGGGAGAGGAAAGGACUUUGGCAUUAAACACAAGAAGCAGGCAGGGAGCCAUCUCCUUUAACUUUUCUUCUCUAUUAUCACUUGCAAUGAAGAGGAAACAGAAGAGAUUUCUGCAGAUGACUUUCUUAUUCAUGGUGGCUUUAAUUUUCCUGCCCAAUAUUGGUCUGUGGUCUCUGUACAAGGAUAAGCACCUGGUGAAAUCUACGGAACCCGGGGAGCAGCAGACAUUUCCACUGGGCCUGGGAGAUGGGCAAUUCUAUGCAUGGACAGAUGGUUUGAGAAGAAAGGACUGGCAUGACUAUGAAAGCAUUCAGAAAGAGGCUAUGCGCUCAGGGAAAGGUGAGCAUGGGAAACCUUACCCCCUCACUGAAGAGGACCGUGAUGACUCAGCUUACAGGGAAAAUGGUUUCAAUAUUUUUGUCAGCAACAGUAUUGCUCUGGAGCGGUCCCUGCCAGAUAUUCGCCAUGCUAAUUGUAAGCACAAGAUGUACCUGGAAAGGCUGCCAAACACCAGCAUUAUUAUCCCAUUUCAUAAUGAAGGUUGGACUUCACUCCUGCGUACUAUCCACAGUAUAAUUAACCGAACUCCGGAGAGUCUGAUAGCAGAAAUCAUCCUAGUAGAUGACUUCAGUGAUAGAGAACACUUGAAGGAUAAGUUAGAAGAAUAUAUGGCCCGAUUUUCCAAAGUCAGGAUUGUUCGCACCAAGAAAAGGGAAGGGCUCAUCCGGACCCGCCUCUUGGGGGCAUCUAUGGCCAGAGGAGAAGUCUUGACGUUCCUGGACUCCCACUGUGAAGUCAAUGUGAACUGGCUGCCCCCACUCCUUAACCAAAUUGCACUAAACCACAAAACCAUCGUGUGCCCCAUGAUCGAUGUCAUUGACCACAAUCAUUUUGGGUAUGAGGCACAAGCUGGGGAUGCCAUGCGAGGCGCCUUCGACUGGGAAAUGUACUACAAAAGAAUCCCCAUCCCUCCAGAGCUCCAGAGGGCAGAUCCCAGCGACCCUUUUGAGUCUCCUGUUAUGGCUGGAGGUCUCUUUGCUGUGAAUCGAAAAUGGUUUUGGGAAUUGGGUGGCUAUGAUCCAGGUUUAGAAAUCUGGGGAGGAGAACAAUAUGAAAUCUCUUUUAAGGUUUGGAUGUGUGGAGGAGAAAUGUUUGAUGUCCCGUGUUCCAGAGUUGGUCAUAUCUACAGGAAGUACGUCCCUUAUAAAGUUCCAUCUGGUACCAGCCUGGCAAGAAACCUGAAGCGGGUGGCUGAGACCUGGAUGGAUGAAUUCGCCGAGUAUAUUUACCAGCGGCGCCCAGAAUACAGGCACCUGUCCACCGGGGACAUCUCCGCCCAGAAGGAGCUGCGCAAACAGCUCAAGUGCAAGGACUUCAAAUGGUUCAUGGCUGCAGUGGCCUGGGACGUGCCUAAGUACUACCCUCCAGUGGAGCCCCCACCUGCUGCCUGGGGGGAGAUUCGAAACGUGGCAGCAAAUCUGUGCGUGGACAGCAAGCAUGGAGCGACGGGCACCGAGCUGAGGCUGGACAUCUGUGUCAAGGAUGGUUCCGAAAGGACAUGGUCUCAUGAACAGCUCUUUACUUUUGGAUGGAGAGAAGAUAUUCGACCUGGUGAGCCACUGCACACCCGAAAAUUCUGCUUCGAUGCAAUCUCCCACAACAGCCCAGUCACUCUCUAUGACUGUCAUGGCAUGAAGGGGAACCAGCUCUGGGGACACAGAAAGGACAGAACAUUAUUCCAUCCUGUGAGCAACAGCUGCAUGGAUUGCAACCCCGCAGAGAAGAAGAUUUUCAUGGCCAGAUGUGACCCUCUAUCCGAGACUCAGCAGUGGAUUUUUGAACAUAUUAAUAUGACUGUUUUAGAAAAAUUUAACCACCAUGCCAGCUCCUAGAAAGAAGGAAGGAGAAGAGAAUGAGUGAUUACCUACAGAUUAUAAAAACUAAAUUUUAGCCAGCAUCUGGGUCGAAGGAGUCAGGAAUAACAUUUCCUAGAUCCAGGAAGCCUGGUUUAAAGAUUUGUAAAUGCCAUGUCAAAGUAGGUUGUCCUGCAGAAAUUCCUGCAUCUGAAGAACUUGGCCGAGAACCUCACCAGCUGCAUCUGAGAACUUGAGACUAGCAGUGCCCUUGCUGGCCAAGGGCAAAGAUUAUUUAAGGACUUUUCAAAAAAAACAACUGCUGAGUUAAUAAAUCCUAGCAUUUCUCAGGUCAAAUCCUGCAGUAGUGAGUAGCUAUGAAUGGAUCCUAUUAACUGGGUGGGAGGGGGGCGAAAAUAGAGUGCAUGACUGCUCUGACAACCAGAGGAUACCACAGGUUUAGAACUAGCCACGCUUAAGGGGUGAGCUGUCCUCUCUGGUGCCAUUCUCUGACUAAGAAUGGGUUAAGCAGGUUUAACCCUUCAAAGUGCUGCAGAUGAUUUUAGAGUGCUCAUACCAUUCUGUUCUCUUGUUUUAUUUUUCAACGAGGGCGCGCUGUCUAAUGCAAGACUCAAGUUACAUAAUGAAACGAACUCCCAGUGUUCGCAUUCUCUCAUUCACAUUUCCUUUUAGAGCAGAGGUAACUUGCUGUUCAUCAAAGCUCAUGCUCCAUAAAUCAGCUGAAGUUCUAAUUCAGUGCCCUUGUAUGAAUUCAGUUUAAAAACGAAACAAAAACUAUGCUAACCAAGUUACUCCAAAGAGAAAGAUUUCACAGAAGCAGCAAAACCAUGUAAGGUUUAGGAGAGGGAUUUCCCUAGGAAAUCUAUUUUUACUUUUCUAUUAUUUUUAGAAUCUUAAAAGUCUGAUGUUUGUCCAGUCAUACUUUUUAUUAAGGAAGGAAAUGGAGUGAGGUUGAUGUAAUUUGUUUAGGAGAUUCUUAAAAUCCAAAUAAAUCUACACUCCAAGUGAUGUGCGAAAA